AUCAAAGUAUGACGUGGUAAUGUGAUAUAACAAGAUAAAGGUGAACAAAGUGUACAUUUAUUUAAUCUAAGAGUUUCUUACAUGUGAUGAGCAGUGUACAUGAAAAUUCGUGGUCUUGGAUAGAAUAUUUGGUGGAAACGAUCAAUAAACUUACUCAUGACUUAGUGAGCUUAGUGUCCACAACGUUUGAAUUAACGUUUCAUCCGACUGAUGGUGUUAUUGAUGAUGAACAUCAGCAGAAAUUAUCUGAUUUUUUUCACGGAUUUGUUGCUUUGUUAGCAUUUGACGAUUUUCAAUUACAGUUAUUGAAAGUCUUCUUAUUUACAUUUGUUAGUGUCGUGGCUCUGAUUUUCAUUGCUUGGCACAUAUACGGUCCUAGAAUUUCUGAACAAUUUAUGGAACCAAAAUCUAUACCAGAAGAUCUUGACUCAUCAUCUGGAGAAUAAUUUGUUACG